UAUACUUGGUCCUAGGUUGUGGUCGAUAUUUGAAAUAACAAUUGUGUUGUCCCUUGUCCUUUUUCAGUGUCUCAACUGACAUCAUCAGCUACCGGCUACCGGUCGUUUGUCGGAGCAUACCGAACCUCGUUACCUUGAUUGUCUCUUGCUAUUUAAUAUUUUGAUUACACGCACUUUACACUUUCAUUUAUCUUCAACCUUGACAUUGACGAAAUCAUCGAAAAAAAAAACGAUGGGGUCCACUAUUAAUUAAAAGAAGAAGAAGAUAUUUGAAAUGACGGCUUUACUUCGUACCUACUUAAACGAACCGGAUCUUGUACAUGACCUGAUAACGUCUUUUUGACAUAGUAUGCUAAUGUCCGGUACAAUCGUAUUUUUAUAAGUUUUUUUAAGUCAUUUCACACUCGUUCGAAAUUACCGUGAAAUUUCUUACUUUUAUCUACUCUGCUCUGUGGUCUGCGCUCAGCUGAUCUGACAUUGACACCUUUCAUUUUCAUUGUUAUUUUUGGUUAUUGUUAUUUUCAGUUCAUAGAUGAUUAAUUUAUGUGUUCAAUAAAAAUAAAACGAAAAUAAUUGUAUACUAAACGCAAUUGAUAACAUUUCAUCAAUUUUGUUAUAUUAUUACUAUCUAUUUAAUUUAAUUCUUAACUUAAAUUUGUGAUUGUUCUUGUUAUUUGGUAGUCUACUGUGGAAAUGUAAAUUUUAGAAAUCAAAUCAUUUUUGAUAUCGCUUGGUGAAAAUCAGUGGUAAACAAGCAAGGGGCCACCUGAACACAUCCGAGUAGGUGAUGAGUCACAAGCGAGAGUCAGAUGGAGGCACUGCGUCGUUACGUUCCGCCGUAUGCAGUAUCUGGUGGCAAAUUGAGAGUGCAGCCAUUAAUGAGUAGCGCGACGCGACGCUGGGCAAGUGCGGGGGCAGGCGUGGGCGCGGCACGCAUGCGGGCGUGGCGCUCACACUGCUACGGUGGGCUCGCCGAGCUGCGGUUGGAAGAGGCGCGGGUGCCGCCGCUGUGCGCGCCCGACCAUCUGCUCGUGCGCGUACAUACUUCUUCUAUUAAUCCUCUUGACGUCGCCAUGGUCGGGGGCUACGGAGCGCGCGCGCUGAACGCGCUGCGGGCGCUGCGCGGGGCGGAUGUGGAGUUCCCGCUGGUGGUGGGGCGCGACUUCUGCGGCGAGGUGGUGGCGGCGGGCGCGGGCAGUCGGCUGCGCGCGGGCCGCCGCGUCUGGGGCGUGGUGCCUCCGCACUGGCCCGGCGCACACGCCGACUACCUCGUCGUCAAAGACAACUGGGUAAUCGCCGGCCACCGGUUCGCGCACGCCUCGAUUAACACUACACACGAAACAUCACGAUACGUGGUCACUUGGUGAAAUUACAUUGUAUUAUUAUCUAGCUUUUGCUCGCGACGUCGUCUGCGCCUCGAUAUCAUCAAAAAAGAAUUGUUUUCCAAAUUUGUGAAUCUAUUUUGAAGCAUGUGCUUCGUCGGUAACGCAGGUGAGCGAGGCGCCCGACGCGCUGGACGACUGCGCGGCUGGCGGAGCGCCCU